GUUAUGACUUCACGGAGGUCUUGCGGUGGUUUGGAGAGCGCGUGGAUCGGAUCAUCCUGCUGUUCGACGCUCACAAACUGGACAUCUCUGACGAGUUUUCCGAAGCCAUCCGAGCCUUCAAAGGACAAGACGACAAGAUCCGGGUUGUCCUCAACAAGGCCGACCAGGUGGACACGCAGCAGCUCAUGAGGGUUUACGGCGCCCUCAUGUGGUCGCUGGGGAAAGUGAUCAAUACUCCUGAGGUGGUGAGAGUCUAUCUGGGAUCCUUCUGGGGCAAACCUCUGCAGAACACUGAGAACAGGCGUCUGUUUGAGGCGGAGUCUCAGGAUCUCUUUAAGGACAUCCAGAGUCUCCCGAGGAACGCGGCGCUGCGUAAGCUGAACGACCUCAUCAAGAGGGCGCGGCUGGCCAAGGUGAGGCAGGAA